AUGACUGCUUACUUCAGCACCUGGGAGCUAAGUCCCGAUCGCUUCUCAUUGAGUGAGCACUGGCAGCCGUACGUGGACUCCUUAAUGGCGCUGGUAUGCGAGGAGCUAGGCGUCCGCGGAGAUGGAAUCCGUGCAGAGCUAUACAAGAUGCUUCUUUACGAAAAGGGAGCAAUGUUCAAGCGUCACGCGGACUCGGAGAAAGUGCCUGGCAUGUUUGGAACUUUGGUCAUCAGUCUACCCUCAGCGCAUUGGGGCGGUGCUGUUGUGGUUACUCAUAAUGGAAAAAAGUAUUCUCUACAGACAUACAACCACGAGUAUCUUGCUUGGUACUCAGAUGUGAUUCAUGAGGUUCAAGAAGUUACUUCAGGCUAUCGGUGGGUCUUGACGUACAACCUCGUUCAGACCGACUGUGAGCAAUUCAACUCUGCUGCCAGCGCCGAUCGGAAGCUGCGUGCCAUACUCACCGAAUGGAACAACACAAUCGAAGAGGAAGGAGGUGAAAGUGACAAGAUGAUAUACCAGCUAGAUCACAAGUACACAGAUGCCAGCAUUCGUCUCAACUCGUUGAAAGGGGCAGACCUACUGAGAGCACAGCGGUUGUUCUCAGUCUGUGAUCAAGUUGGAUUCACUCUCUAUCUGGCAAGCCUGGAGAAGCAAGUGCAUGGAUCUGCCGAGUCAAACAACAACGGAUACUACGAUCGUUAUGACGACGAUGAAGAGGGAAGUGACGGUGAAUUCCACGCUAUUGAAGACGUCAUUGAUGAAACACUCAAGUUGACUCGGGUGGUCGAUACUGACGGCAAUGUCAUCGCGACUGAUCUCGAUAUCGAAGAAGACGACAUCGUUCAACCAGACCCUUACGAGGAUCGUGACCCGGAUGAAGAUUCGUACGAAGGCUGGACAGGCAAUGCUGGAGCAACUUCUACUCAUUGGUACAAAGACUCGGUCCUGGUUUUAGUGCCUAAUGACAUGAUUGCAAACGUCUUCUUAGGAUCAUAUCGUGACUUCGGAUACGGCGACGGCGGAGAUGCGAAGGUCCUGGCAAUCCUCAGGCAUCUCGUAAAACGAGCUCAAGGUUUCCCGGGAGCUCAAGCUGACUCGCUCAGACAGAGUGUCGGACAGGUGGGCAUCAUGAUCUCGGACAAUCGGAUCGAUGCGAAACAUGCAGGGAUGAGAAGCUACAAAUACACGGAUACUACGGUCUCUGAAGCCAUUGUGGCUUGCGCAGAUUGCGGUCAGGUCGAUGUGUUACGAAACUUGUCAUCUGCGUUCAGAGACAACCUCUCCGAAGGUGCCCUCAAAUCUUUGAGCGAUCUAAGAGGUCGGACGGAUUUGAGCAUCGCAGAAGACCGCACGAGGCUUGAAUAUAUAUUCGGCCAGGUCGUGCUGAAUUACAAGACCGUCUCGAAAAAGUAUGAAACACUUUCUUUCCUUAUAGGCGUUGAGGCUUUGACCGUAGCCAACCAUGAAGACUGUAUGCCCGAAAUAAAAAAUUGGGUGGUCCAAAUGCUGGCCAAGAUAUUCUCGGACUUGGAUGUGCUAUCCAACGAGGACGGCGACGUGAUUGCUAAAAUUGCAACACUGGAUACCAGCGAAGCUCUUCUGAGGGAUCGCAUCAUGCCCAGCAUCCAACGUCAAAUGCAAGGCGCAAGCCCGGAGAAGACCACGUUCAUGAUGAAGUUACUCUCGCAAGCCCUAGAUUCUUCAAAGCCACUUACCGCAGAGUUGGUGUCCAUCUAUGAGCCACUUAUGGAAUCUGUGGUCCGUAAUUUGUCUUUUCGCAAGGCUCAAGCUCCUCCCCCAGCACGCACUGCAUCUAUCUAUGACAGGUCUGGAGCGAACACAGUUCAGCAAGAUCCACGCAAGCCUGCAUUGGACGGUCGGGUUUUAUUGAGCAUCCUGGAACACUGCCGAAACCUUGACUUGCAUCAAAACGCUCUAUUGCUGGAGACCAAUAUUGCGGCGCAAACUCUCACCAUGGACCCUCAGGACUUUGCUAAAACAUUGAUGCCGUUCUUGAAAGGUAUCAUGGAACAUCUGCGCGAUGGGAAGGAUGAUAUCAGCAGGCAUCAGGUGCUUUUCCGUACGGGCCUCUCGCAAUAUAUCCUGCGCUUCGUCGGGCAGGAACCCGUCCAAAUAAAUUGGUCUAGAAACCCGGUCAGGUGCAACUGUGCUGACUGCAAGACCCUCAACAACUUCCUACGCAGUCCAGUCGAUCGCGUGAGUCGGAUGAGUGUCGGCAAACAACGUCGACACCACUUGCACAUACAGCUGGAUGCACAUACCGACUGCACUCAUCUGACCGAUCGCGGAUACAUGGAAACCCUUGUCAUCACCAAACAAGGCAAAAGUUUCGAAGACAAGUUUAAUGCUUGGAAGUUAAAGGCAGACUUGGCGACGGCUGCACUUCGAUCUCUUGAGGACCUUGAAGGUCCAGCAAACCCAGAGAGCCAUCUCGCUGCACUUCGAUCUCUUGAGGACCUUGAAGGUCCAGCAAACCCAGAGAGCCAUCUCAAAAAGCUUCUGGGAGACCAAUAUGAGGAAAUCAUGACAUUGAAGAGAGUGAGAAUUAUGACUGCUGCUCAACAGCCAUCUGCCAGGCAACCACAAACUAAUGUCGCAUCAUCGGGUACUUCGGGUGCAACCACAGCUGGGGUAUCGACCUUGGGCGCAAGACAGCCUCACCCGUCUCAGGUCAUUGGGCAGAAGAGAAAGGCAGUCGUGAUUGAUCUGACUGAUGAUUGA